UUUGUAUGCAAAUAUAUCCAGCAGCAACAAUAAAAGUGUUCAAUGAAAAUUCAAGCGAUAUUUUGAUACUGAGUACUCAUUCAUUUUUAUAUUUUUGAAUUCUCUUGUUCAGUUAUGCAUUUGAGCACAACUCUUAUAAGAUCAUUACGAAAUGGUUACACACGCCGCUACGUUAGCACAUCGACCACUGUCCAGAAACGUAUUUGUAUUGUUGGAGCAGGUCCAGCUGGCUUCUAUGCUGCUCAAUAUAUUCUCAAGCAUCUGGAAAACUCAGAGAUUGAUAUUGUAGAGAAGCUACCUGUUCCUUUUGGUCUCGUAAGAUUCGGUGUUGCUCCCGACCAUCCCGAGGUGAAAAAUGUUAUCAAUACCUUCACGAAAACAGCAGAAAAUCCAAGGGUAAGAUUCUUGGGGAAUCUGAGUCUCGGAAAAGAUUUCACCCUCGCAGAACUGAGAGAGAGGUAUCACGCUGUACUUCUGACCUACGGAGCGGACAAAGAUCGCACCUUGAACAUUCCUAACGAAACACUCCGAAACGUGCUAUCGGCACGUGAAUUCGUUGCUUGGUACAAUGGUCUCCCUGGGUUUGAGAAUUUCAACCCUGAUCUUAGCGGCAGCACCUUAACUCUGCUCGGGCAGGGUAACGUAGCCAUUGAUGUGGCUCGCAUAGUUCUUUCCAACGUGGAUGAAUUGAAGAAAACCGAUAUAACUGAAUUCGCGUUGGAAGCUCUCUCGAGAAGUAAAAUCAAGAAAGUACUGUUAGUGGGUCGACGUGGUCCUUUGCAAGUUGCCUACACCAUCAAAGAACUGAGAGAGUUGCUCAAACUGCCAAGUUGUUCCACCAUAUGGAGGCCGAAUGAUUUUCGAGGUGUGCAAGAAGCCGUACCAAAGUUGGCAAGGCCCAGGAAGCGUAUCACCGAGCUGAUGUUGAAGAGCCUUUCCGAGCAGAGCAAACAACCGAACUCAAGUGGCAUCUUUCAACCUGUCUUCUUUCGGUCGCCAACCAAAAUCAACGGAGACGAUUGUGUCCAAUCUGUGGAAUAUGCUGUUAAUAGAUUGGAGGAUGAUAGGGCAAUUCCUACCGACGAGAUGGAAACGAUUCAAACCGAUCUUGUUUGUCGCAGUAUUGGCUACAUGUCCACCAAUGUUGACCAAGAACUGAACUUCGACAAUCGCAAGGGAUGUGUGCGUAAUGUAUCAGGUCGUGUACUAAAGAGGACAUCCACUGGCUGUGAUGAAAAUGUGGCUGAUGUCGAGGGCAACUUUGAGAAUGGACUUUAUUCUUCGGGAUGGUUGGCGACUGGUCCCACCGGAGUGAUCCUCACCACAAUGAAUAAUUCUUUUGGUGUUGCGGAUGUGAUAUGUAAAGAUUUCCAAAAUAACAUAAUUCGUGCGAAUGAAAACAGAUCUGGGCUGGAUUUGAGGGGAAAACGGACAGUUAGUUGGGCUGGCUGGAAAGCAAUCGACGAGGAGGAGAUUCGGAGGGGUACAGAAAAAGGUAAGUUAAAAGAAAAGAUUGUCAAUGUGGAUGAAAUGUUGAAGAUAGCCGAUGGGAAAUGAGAUCAAACCUCAUCUAGCAGCUCAAACGGUUUAAGCUGUAACACAAUACAGUUCUCGAACUGUUUGUUGCAACCGGGCUAUGGAAUAUACUCUAUUUUUGCUAUCAGGGAGAAUUUAUACCGUAUUAUAUUGAAUUGACUAUGACAA